GAGAGCCCAGCUAAGUGGCGAUAACCGGGCUUUCCAGUCAUGGCCGUGUUUUGAUAGAUGGAGAGAAAGAUUGAGAGGUUGGCGUGGAGCCACUGCAUACUGGCAGAGCACAGGGGCAGAUUCGAGCCCAAACGAGAGGGCAGCAGUGUUUAUGACCGCAUACCAGCCUAGCGGCUAAACCAGGGAGACAGGGUGCUAUAUUGUGAUGGUGUUAUUACUACCGUUCGUGGUCGCAGUGUGUGAGUGUGUGGGAAAAGGAAAGUGAAAAUGAACGAAGGCUGAACCUCCUCUUCCCAGCGCUGCUGUUCUCAGAGUUAUAGAUUUAAAGAUUGGGUUCCGCUCAACACUAUGAAGGCACCACGCGGGUGAGUGUGUGUGUGUGUGUGAGAGAGAGUUAAUUAGUGUGUGUCCUCUGGAAGUAAACAGUGUGAACGGAAGGCUGGGUUAAUGGUUUAUUCUGUCCUUUGGCUUGGCUGUAUAGGGAGGAGUAACUGUGUGUGUGUUAGGGUUGGUCGGUAUCCAGAUUUCCUACCUUCUUAUUCUACAAUGUAGAAAAUAGUCAAAAUAAAGAAAAACCCUUGAAUGAGUAGGUGUGUCCAAACUUUUGACCGGUAGUGUAUGUAAACAAAUAAGUACAUAAACAAAGGCAACGCUGCUGCUGUAUCCCAGAAGUAGCCUAAAGCUACAAUAACAAUCUAGGCCUAUAUUCCAUAGUCUAGAACCGUAGGAACAGACACAAGAAAUAGGCACAGCUUUUCAUGGGGACCAAUGUUCCCAGACCACAGUGUGGGUAGCUAGCAAUACAAGGCUCACAAUGCUAUAUUAUUGGACAGAUUUGCUCACUGACUUGACAAUCCCAAUUUAGGCUAAUAUGUUGUCAUUGGCUGUUAUGCAGACACCCUGUAAGAGUCAAACUGAAUCAAACGUUUUGCACAUGACAUUACGCAACUAACAAAUUGAUAUGAUCAUGGUGGCCUAUUAUUGUCAAUUCGCCUUACCUAUUGUCAUUGUGUGGCAUAUCUAAGCUUUCUGCUGGCUAUGACAAAUUGUCCAGCAGUCCAGUUGAUGGAUGACCCCAUCACUCUCUCAGCCCUACAGUCACACAGUCUUUCGGUCAAUCUAUCACUUUAUCACAGCCCCUAAUCGGUCUCUCUUUCUCUCUCUCUCGUUGCAGGAUAUCCAUGAGCUCCGAUUUCCAGCACUACAGUUUCAGGAUGCCUAAUAUCGGGUUCCAGAACCUUCCCCUCAACAUCUACAUUGUGGUGUUUGGGACUGCCAUCUUUGUCUUCAUCCUCAGCCUUCUCUUCUGCUGCUACUUGAUAAGGUAUGAUCCACACUGCUAUGUCCUAGUUGAUAUAGGCUAGUUCCUCGUUUCUAUAGUCUCCUUUGAAAAUGUUGAUUUGUGUUUCGGUUUCCUUGCCACCGGUGCCAUACAGUGCCAUACAGUGUAGAUUCUGGGUUAUUACAUUUGUUUGUGACCCCAUAUUUGACCCCAUAUUUUAAAAAAUGUGAAAUCAACAAUAUUUCUUUGUUGUUGACAUCAAGAGAGCCUCGCUUCGACGUUUACGGCGGCCAUUUUGUUAUGCUAGCACACUGAAGUGUUCAUGCAAUAAACCACCGAUUCUUCAAAGCUGAUUGACAUAGGCUAAAUCCAUUGCCUCGAGAAUGACUUCCCAUAUCCAAUUAUGAGACAGCAGUGUUUUUAAUCUCAACCCCAGUGGUCAAGUAAAUUACUUUGUUUAUCCCAUAUGAGAUGCAGCAUUUUCAGUGUAACCACAUUGGUUAUUGAUAUACCCACACCACUGGGUUAGAUGUUAAAUACAUCCAGACUGUGAGUGAUUUCACAGUCACACACGUUUCUAAAAAGGCGUUGCUCGGGUCUCAUUACUCUGCCAAUACUUUGGCGCCGGUCUUAUGUUGGAUGCCAUUUGAGUGUCGUACUCAAGCCCCCCUGUUUCGCCUCCCAGGAUGGUAUGUCCCACCAUGUGAUGGUCUGCUCUGUUUACAACAACACUGUGCGUCCCAAAUGGCAUCCUAUUCCUUACAUAGUGCACUACUUUUGUACAGACCCCUAUAGAGGCUGCCUCUGAACACAGCUUAGGCUUUCUCCCAAACACGAGUAGCCUAGCCGUGCUGUUUUACAAGACCUCAGUGUACUAGAGGGACUAUUUGUGUCCUUCAGUCCAAGCAGCGCACGUUUCUCUCUCUGCUGCAGUUUGUGGAACUAGGGGGGACAACAUAUUUCCCCUAUAAAAGAGGGUGAUGUUUUAAUACAGCUUGAAGCCAGUAUGACGUGAGAACAGAGGGAUAAACAGCAUGAGAGAGGAGAGGAACACAGACAGAUGGUAUAGCUCGGGAGAGAAGGAAACUUCUUUCAUCCCUCUCUCCACAAUGUAUCCCAAAUGGCACCCUAUUCUAUAGUGCACUACUUUUGACCAAAGCCCUAUGGGCACUGGUCAAAAAUAGCGCACUAUAUAGGGGAUUGGGAGUCAUUUGGGAUGCAGCCACAGGCUUUUCAUCAUUCACACUAGCUUACUUUGAAGACCUGAGCUGCUUUGAUCACGGGUAGAGACACAGAGGGUUAGCUAAAACGAACAAUAUUUAGGCUACUUUAAAACGAGCAAAGGUGCUCGUGUUAUAGUAGUUGUUAAACUGUGUUGGCAGCCUGGUAUCAUCAGAUGUGAUGAUGAUGAGACUAGAAUUUGUGCAUUUUCAGGCUCCUAGCAUGCAACACUCAGCGGGGUUACCAGGCAAUCCAGGUAGUUCAUCAGCUGCAUAUAAAAAUCUUGUAUCGUGUCCACAGCAAAUAAGGCUGGAUUUGUAUCUGAAGUGUAAGCUCUGUUACCUAAUGUGUUCAGGCUACAGGGUUUUGAACUCAAACUAUGACCGAGCCUAACAUUUGUGGCUCCGAACAAAGCUUCCAAGGCUUUACAACCAACCAACGAGAUUUAAUGCACUAAUGAACUGCAGCAGUGUUUUUAAAGUAGUUGAGUGCACAGAUGGACAGAAAAGCAUCAGGUCUGUCUUACGCUUAAUUAAAUGGCUUAAAUAACUGAAGCGAGGCUCGUGUUAGUCAAAUUAUUGCAGUCUGCUUCAGUCUUUUAACAAACCAACAUCCACUUUAGUUUGUUAAAAGCUCAGUAAAUGCAUGUUAUCCAAGACAGGUCAAUCUUAUUUGCUGUCGUUAGGCCUUAACUCCUUUCUUGGUGGUCUGGAUUUAAUAAAACUGUAUGGCAUAUUGGGUCUAAAUUCAAUUUGUGCUGUUUUAAUUUCAUUUGGUGUAUGUACCAAUAAUUGUGUGUUAUCAUGUUCUUCUCAAAUUAACCGUUUUUCAUAAAGGGUUAUAAAAAAGAUUCAACAGCACAGUUUGGAGAAGGUAUCGCUGACUUGAUCAUCUAAACUGAAAAGAAUCCCACCAGAAAAAUGAUAUCCAGGCUUGUUCUCCCCUGCUGAAACAUUUUUCUAGAAACAUUUAUUCAAAGCUGCUUAGCUACAUAAUCAGGACCACCGCAACUCCCAACCUUGAAGAGGCUUGUGUCGUGCCUCUCAUGUUAAGUCCUUAGGCCUCUUCUCUUCUCUUAGAUGGAAAACCAAGGGCAUCUGUAUAGCUGUUGGUAUAAAUUCAGCGGUUUAUGCAUGCUUCCAAUUGGCAUCCUAUUCACUAUAUAAGGGCGGCAGGUAGCUUAGUGGUUAAGAGCGUUGUGCCAGUAACCGAAAGGUCGCUGGUUCUAAUCCCUGAGCUGACUAGGUGAAAAAUCUGUCAAUGUGCCCUUGAGCAAGGCACUUAACCCUAAUUGCUCCUGUAAGUCGCUCUGGAUAAGAGUGUCUGCUAAAUGACUAAAAUGUAAAUGUAAAUAUAAUGCACUACCUUUGACCAGGGCCCAUAGGGCUCUUAGCUCUGAGCGGUUAACUAGCGCUCAACAUGGCUGAACCUUGGACAACUAAGUUAGUAUUAUCUCCUUAAAGAAUGGCCCCUUCCCUUCAGUAUGUUUUGAAGUCCCAGACCUGGCUGUAUUAUAUUGCUUUGCGAUAUAUAUAUAUUUUUUUACUGGAGAUCUUAUUGGCCCUCCACUCUAGCCCCUCUGGCCCAAUCACGAUAGGCCUGAGCACUGUUGCCAUGGUGGUCAACCAUGGCAGUGGCCAAUAACGUUGGAACUCUGUAGCAUUUCUUACCUAAAGCAGCGAGAAGCAGCGUGUCUCAAUCCAAAUUCACCCUGCCCUGUACCUAACCCGGCGGGGGGAGAUGGUAAGUGUUUUUCUGCUUUUGUUUCGUUGUUUUGCCCCUCCCCCCCAAGACAAACUAUGAAAUUGAUACAGUGUCACAAUAAAAUUCUGGGAGGAAAAAGAAAAGGGGAAAGAAAGUUGGUAAGAUUACCAAGUAAUUUAUAGAAAAACUAAAGUUAGUGGCUUUGUCCCAAAUGGCACCCUAUUCCCUAUAUAGUGCACUACUUUUGAGCAGAGCUCUAUGGGCCCUGGUCAAAAGUAAUGCACUGUGUAGGGAAUAGGGUGCCAUUUGGGACGUAGACAAUUUUUACUCUGAAAGGCUUCUAAAGAUGCAGUCUCCCUUUCUAACACCUGUGGCCCCCAUGGUUCCCUAAAUCACAAUAACCACCUACCAACCCCACACACACCACAAAACCACAAGGCCUCACUGGAAACACUGAGCACUGUCUUAACUUUAGACCCCUUCACAUCACACCGAGGCUCCAGGGUGAAGUUUCCCCUAGAUACAGAUCUAGGAUCAGCUUCCCCCAAUCCUAACCUUAACCAUUAGUGGGGAAAAUGCAAAACUACCCAUAGACGCUCAUCUUGGGUCAACUUCACCCUACUCCUCACACCCAGUCCACAGAUGACCCUCUAAAAGCUGGACAAAUACGGGACAAUGAGAGGGGAACAAGGCCAGUCAGGCUCUGAAGCGGACAUGUCAAUGCUCGCUCUCCCAGUGUGGUCCAAGCUAACACAGCCUGGACAGCUUGACGUGAGGCUGAACGUCACAGCUAGACUCGACUCCCUCCUCUCAGUCAGUCCCAAAGUCCACACACACAUGUGAAAUAACACACACAUACAUACAGUACAUACACACACACACAUUGAAGAGUGUUUAUCUUGCCCAGUUCUGUUUUAGAAGUCAGUCCAUGGAAAGAUCACAUUCGUAAGCACCACGUGGCCCUUCUGUGGGCCCCUGUACUAAAUGUUUACUGAAACUUUAAUCUCGCCCCCUCACUACCAUGCUAUCAGGGCCAUUCAUCAAAUUACCCCCUGCCCCUCACCUGUGACAACCCCCCCCCCCCCCCCCCCCCCCCUCACCUUUGACCUCUGUCCCUUGCCCAAUGGGAGUCUCUGCACCUUUACCCGCUGCUCUCUUUCAGAAGGUGUCAGUCUCUCUCCUAGAACUGUGCUGCUGUGUGUUACAGAUCCCUCAGCCUCUCGCUCUGCUCCGAGAGGUUAAGGUUACUAGUAACGGAGGUAAAAAAAUCUUCAACACCUAUGUCUCUCAAUCUCUUUCUCUUUUUCUCCCUCUCUUUUUUUUAUACACUGAGUGCAGAAAACAUUAGGAACACCUUCCUAAUAUUGAGUUGCACCCCCCUUUGCCCUCAGAACAGCCUCAAUUCGUCGGGGCAUGGACUACAAGGUGUCAAGCGUUCCACAGGGAUGCUGGCCGAUGUUGACUCCAAUGCUUCCUUAAGUUGUGUCAAGUUGGCUGGAUGUCCUUUGGGCGGUGGACCAUUCUUGAUAUACACGGGAAACUGUUGAGCGUGAAAAAACCCAGCAGCGUUGCAGUUCUUGACACACUCAAACUGGUGCGCCUGGCACCUACUACCAUACCCUGUUCAAAGGCACUUAAAUCUUUUGUCUUGCCCAUUCUUUGAAUGGCAGACACACAAUCCAUGUCUCAAUGGUCUCAAGGCUUAAAAGUCCUUCUUUAACCUGUCUUCGCCCCUUCAUCUACACUGAUUUGAAGUGGAUUUAACAGGUGACAUCAAUAAGGGAUAAUAGCUUUUACCUGGAUUCACCUGAUCAGUCUGUCAUGGAAAGAGCAGGUGUUCCUAAUGUUUUUUGCACUCUGUGUAUAUCCCUCCUACUGUCUUUCGAUUCUGUUUUUCAUUGAACAUGUUUUAUUUUUGUCCAUUGAUUUGUGCUAAAGAGAAUGGUUGGUGUAUGACAAUACAAACUGACCACUGGUGUUAUCUAUGAUCUUCCUUUUAUUUCAGGUGAUGGGAAAAAAAGGAAGAAACCCGCACACUGCUCUUGAUAGUAUCACUGCUCUUUAAAGAGCAGUGAUACUAUCAAGAGCAGUGUGCGGGUUUCUUCCUUUUUUUCACAUCUUAUGCACCUGCAAAAAAGAUAGCUCAGAUAUGCGAGUGCCUUUUGAAUUUUGACUUCAGGUGAUGGGAAAAUGUGUAAACGGACUUACCAAAAUAGUUAUUUGUUUAUAAAUGUCUGUUAAUAUCCAAGCUAGCAUAAUGUUAAUGCACUAUGUAUAUUAACUGUUCAUAGUAAAACAAAUUCACAGGGGGGUAUAUACUCACUGUUUUCAUAAUCUUUGUGGAUCUAUUUACAUUGUUUUGUGCUUGUCAGCUAGGCCUAUCUCAUGGCUGACUUUCUUCAAGCUAUAGUUAGGUGUCAUUUUCCAGUCACAACACACAUGCACCCACUUUUCAAAGGGUUAUUUAUCUUAAGAAUGUGGACUUGAACGUCCUUCCCUAUGCUUGGCUGCCUCUCUCUUGAGUUGACCUUAAUACUCCUCUCCCAUUUGUUAACAUCGCUUUGGAUAAAAGCGUCUGCUAAAUGGCAUAUUAUUAUUAUUAUUAUUAUUAUUAUUAACAUUAUCAAGCCCUCUUAAAGGGCCUUAGCUGCCCCACUAAAGAGAAUGUGCCCAGCCAUUUCCUUUCCUUGUCUUCUAUCCCCUUGAUCACUGAUCUAAGAGGACUUUAAAGGUGAAAGCAAAAUGUCAGAGCCCUAUCCAGUCCUAUCACCCAUCAUUGCUUGUGAAAAUCAAGGGAAGAAGAUCAAGAAAGGAAGCUGUUUAGUUUUAUUGGGAUGUGCUGUAGUAAAGUAAAGCUUCCAUUUCUACCCCACAAAUGAUCCAUCAGUCUAUCCUUUCUAGCCUAGUCAGCAGUAACGAAGGCCACUACGGUAAAGUCAAGACAGGGUGUUCUGGUUAGUUAGGCACUCUCACGUGUCCCUGCUGCAUUCAAACGAAUGAUGGUGAUAAAACCAUGUGUUCUGCUGGCAGAAACCAUACUUGGGGGUGUUGAAGAGUUACUAAUGUAACAGGGAUGAUUGGUUUAAAGAGGAUGUAUCCUAGGCUAUAACCACCUCGCUCUGUCAGUUGUGGUACCAUUUAUUUUAUGCUUGAGAGAGAAAGUAUUAGCCUCUCGACCUGGUGGACAUUUUGUCUAAGCAGUCCAGUUCGGACCAGACCAUUCGUCAUUCAGUAUGGGGAUAGGCCCACAUUAAAUUGAGUUGUGUCAACGUGUGGAAUUCCCACCUAGUUGUGGCAGUGGAGCUGUACCACAGCGCGACUGCUGACCAGUGCUCCGUCAAAGUUGUCAUAAGAUCGUCUGGGUGACGUUUGAGUGAGAUUGAGUUUGGUACUGAUAGGUGGUUGGGAAGUAGGUUAUAUUUUGGUUUAGUGGGGGUUAAUGGGGGAGGUGUAUAACAGUGUCAUCAGGGUCAGAAGCAGCCAAAGCCAUUGGGGUUCAAUGUCACAGGUCACAGCUGUGAGGAGGAUGUGAUAUCACAUAGUGUGUGUCCCAAAUUACACCCUAUUCCAUAUAUAGUGCACUACUUCAGACAAGAGCACAUAGGGAAUAGGGUGCCAUUUGGGAUACAAGAAUUGUGAAAUCAAAUGGGUCUGUGGGCAGAAAGGGUGGCCUACCCGACCUCGGGCCAUUUCAUAGACCAUAAAAGAUAGCAGAUACAAUCCUUUUCAAAAGCCUUUUUGAAAUGCCAAGUGGAACCACUUAUGAUGACAGACAGUAUUUCCUGUGUGUGUAUAUAAAGACUUCAAAUCAAACUUCAUAGGAAAAGGCCUGGAUUCAAUUCAGUGGUUAUUACGUUGACCAUAGCUUUUAUCUUCCAUCAAUAAUAUAAUAUAAUAAUAUAAUAUGCCAUUUAGCAGACGCUUUUAUCCAAAGCGACUUACAGUCAUAUCAACUCAUCUGGAUUGAUUUAUGACUUCAAAACUAAAGCAAAAAAAAAGGUUAAGAUUGAAUCCAGCCUGCCAUAGUCAAGAUAUUGUACAGGGGUGAGUUUCCUGAAAGUUUCGUAGCACUAAAAACAUUUUUUAAUCCAAUGUAGGCCAGGCUAGUUCAAAACUGCAGCACUGCCAUCAAUGUCUGUUUCUACAGCGUCUAAACCGUUGAAUUUGACUUGCUUCUAUUUCAGUGCUUUUAUUUGAAUGGACAUUGUUAAAUCAGCAAUUUUUCUGCCCUGAAUGCUCUCUAUCUAUGCAGUUGCUCACUACCUGUUUCAGGGUCUAUUGACUUGUCACUGUAUCUGAAUGUACUGUGAGUGCAACUGGCGAGUUGUAGCGGCUCCUUUACUAAUUGAAGAGAUGCUGUGUUUCUCUGCGUUGUCCCUGCAGGUUAAGGCACCAGGCGCACAAGGAGCUGUAUGCAUACAAACAAGUAAGAGGCCCGUCGUCUACACACACGUGCGCUCACACGUGUACCCACACACACACACACACACACACACAAAAUACUAUGAACAUAGUUUAUUUUUCUCACAGUAUGUCACUGUAGUCUAUAAAUCCUCUGUUGCUGAACAUACACAUUAUAUAAUACACACCCAUAAUAUACAUACUGUAGAAGGCAGCAGAGUAAACAGAGAAAGAUGGUGGUUUAUUUUGGGCUAGUUUCAGUGGAAGUUUGGGGACUCACCCUUAAUCAAAUGUACGGCCAGUUUUAGCCAGCCUGCCAGGCCUGGUCAGCAGGACGGUUGUGACUAGAGGAGUACAGCAACGACUGGAAGUUACUUUUCGUAGCAGGUUAGGAGAGCAUUUGAGCUAACCCUUUUCCUAACCUUAACCUAAGUCUCCUAACCUGCCACGUUAAUUACCCUAACCUGCUGCAUAAAUUCUCCUAACCUGCUACGAAAAAGUAACUUCCGGUCGUAGCUGUACUCCCUCGUGUCAGAACACAUUUCCAGAUGCUGAGUGUGAAAUAGCAGCAGAAAGCGUUGAUUUUGUUGAUACGUCUUUAAUCCCUUUAAGUGAGUGGUGAGGGCUUGGGCCUGAGCCUUACAAGACCAUAACUGCCUGUAACUGAACUGAACUCUACAUCAGCAUUCUUCUAAUACAAAAAAAAACGAGAAUUGGAUUCACUUCUGAAUGUUUCCUUCAAGUGAGUAGAAGUGUGUUUAUGUUGUCAGUUCUAAUUGUAUGCCUUUUUUAUUUCCCCUCAGGUUAUACAGAAGGAAAAGGUCAAAGAGCUAAAUUUGCAUGAGGUAAGCACUGUUCCAUUGUCUUGUCUUCUAUUGAUACUGUAUCUCAUGGUUACAUGGGCUUUGAGUUGAUAUUGUUUAGCAUUGCACAAAGUGUUGAAACUUUCAUUGGACAAGACAGGGACAUUCUGUAAUACGACUGACAAGCUUAGCACACUCUGUGCUGUACUUCCCUAAUGUAACCUAUUAGUAACAUCAGUAACUGUGUUUGGGCGUUGUACUGAACUGUACUUCUCUCAAACGCAACAUUUCAGACAGGAAACGCCAGUAUUUGUUUUGUUUAACCAUUAUUUAGAAAAAUAUUUCAAUACGUUAGGGUUUGCGUUAGGCUCUGCUCCUUCGAGGUAUCUCACUGCCAGAGCGUGCAUCAUGUUAAAGCUGCAAUAUGUAACUUUUUGGGCGACCCCGACCAAAUUCACAUAGAAAUAUGAGUUAUAGAUCUGUCAUUCUCAUUGAAAGCAAGUCUAAGAAGCAGUAUAUAUGUUCUAUGUGCGCUAUUUCUAUGCGUCCCUUAAGUUUCGUUUUUGCGUCUUUUACUUUCGGUUUUGUACACCAGCUUCAAACAGCUGAAAAUACAAUAUGUUUGGUUAUGUAAAAUCUAUUUCAGCGGUUUUGAUGGUACAAUGAUUCUCUACACUAUACUUGCUUGUUUUGUCACAUAAACUGAAAUUAGGCAAACUAUUUAAAUUUUUGCAACUAGGAAAUGGCGGAGCGAUUUUUGCAUAGUGCACCUUUUUAAGAUCAUAAUAAUUACAGGCAGUGAGCAAGGUACUCUGUACCAAUCCCCCUGCAGGACGGAAACACAGAACCAAACAGGUGGAGGCUGGGGUGGUGGGUGGGUACAAGAAAAUGCAACCGCAUACUAUCGAGUAACCAACAGCGGUAGAGGCAGCAGAGAAUGUGAGUAAAACUGAUCAGCUUAAAUAUACCACCAUAUUAAGGUAGGAAGUGUUUGUAGAAUAUGAUUGGUGCGACGUCAGCUGAUGCAUAUACUCUGGUUUCCUGUCUGAACCGGCUGCGCUUGAUAGACUGUAAAGUCGCCAUUGGUCUGGUAUUUACAUUGAUUGGUUUGUUGUUUACUGCUGUGUUACUGUAUAUGGGUCCCAUGACAUGCACUACCAGUCAAAAGUUUGGACACACCUACUCAUUCAAAUGUUUUCUUUAUUUUUACUAUUUUUUACAUUGUAGAAUAAUAGUGAAGACAUCAAAACUAUGAAAUAACACAUGGAAUCAUUUAGUAACCAAAAAAGUGUUCAACAAAUCAAAUUCUAUUUGAGAUUUGAGAUUCUUCAAAUAGCCACCCUUUGCCUUGCAACCAGCUUCACCUGGAAUGCUUUUCCAACAGUCUUGAAGGAGUUCCCACGUAUGCUGAGCACUUGUUGGCUGCUUUUCCUUCACUCUGCGGUCCGACUCAUCCCAAACCAUCACAAUUGGGUUGAGGUCGGGGGAUUGUGGAGGCCAGGUCAUCUGAUGAAGCACUCAAUCACUCUCCUUCUUGGUAAAAUAGCCCUUACACAGCCUGGCCUACACAAUCCCUGUUGAAAAACAAAUGAUAGUCCCACUAAGCGCAAACCAGAUGGGAUGGCGUAUCGCUACAGAAUGCUGUGGUAGCCAUGCUGGUUAAGUGUGCCUUGAAUUGGAAACUUCACCCUGGAGCUUCGGUGUGAUGUGAAGGGGUCUAAAGUUAAGACAGUGCUCAGUGUUUCGUCCAUCUGUCUCUAAAGGCAAUGAAACUGUGUCAAGGCAAAUCAAACUGAUUCUGUGUUGUUAAUAUAAAUGGAAAGUGUAGCCUAUCCAGUGAGGCCUUGUGGUUUUGUGGUGUGUGUGGGGGUUGGUAGGUGGUUAUUGUGAUUUAUGGAACCAUGGGGGGCACAGGUGUUAGAAAGGGAGAAUGAGUAGGUAUGUCCAAACUUUUGACUGGUACUGUACAUUUAGGCUACUUAUUGAUUAAGAAACCUGUGAUAUUGAUGAAGCAGAUUUAUCAAUGUUGUCUGAAGCGAACUGGUUGUUCAAUAGCCACAAGAUCUUGAAAAAUGGAUUUGUAUCUCAACUAGAAUAACCUGGUUAAAUAAAGGUUAAAUAAAAAAAUAUAUUAAAUAAAAUGUUGUUUAAAUAGCGAGGGAACCCCGUAAUGCAAAGGUGACCUGUCGAGACAGAUUUAAUUCAGCUGUCAGCAGACUGUUGUCAUUCUCUCUCUCUCAUGUUUAGGGUAUCCAUGUCAGAAGAGGAACAUUGUGUGUGUGUGUGUGUGCACACGUGUGUUUUUGUGUGUUCAUGUGUCCUGUCCUCUCUCAUUAUGCAUGUCUGUACUGUCUCUGGAGCUUGUUACGGUCCAUCUGUUGCGUCGGACAAUGUGUUAGAAGUUCAUGUCAGCCCAGCUGUUCAGCUAGCAGCGUUAGCCCCUUUUCCACAGAUCCCCUUCACAGCCUCAGCCCUGGCCCCUGUUAAACUGGGCCCCAGUGGCCCUACUAGCCUCUCGCUAGCCCCCUGCUAGCCCCCGCUACUCCCUUUAGCAUGUCCAUGCUAAUGAAAAGGCUAGCGCUGGCACCCGUGUGUAAGGAGCGAAGGUGCUACGUCGCUAACGCUAACCGACCGGCUCACCGGCAGGGCAGGAAUUUCCCACAGUGCAGAGCUCUAGUUAUGUAGGCAUUAUUGAGUCAUUCUAUGUUAUUAAAAGUGGGAGAGCGCUACAGUAUGUGACAUGUGAGUGCAGCGUGUGUGUGUUUGUGAGCAUGUGUAUGUGAUUGUUGGACAAGUUGUUAUGUAUUGCUGAAAAAUAAUAACACUCGCCAACGUUGGUGGCCGGGGGAAUGACCCAUUUUAUUGGAAGGGCCCUGUCCAAAGGAAAAUGUUUUGGAAAAAGUGUAUAGAUUGCGCCUCUUGCAGCUGUAUACAUCUAACCUCCAUUUGACACAGAGCAUGGCUACAACAGCUGUGAAUAAUACAUUCAUUGUAUCCAGCUGAACAUAACCCUUACAAAUGCACACACACCACGGUACAUCACGUCGUGUCCUUGGCUGUUUAUGAUGGACGGGGGUUGUAUUGUGUGAGGAAGUGCAUUAGCUCAAUAUUGUGGCAGUUCAGUAUUAGUGUCCUUGAUAUUACUCAGCCAAUGGGCAUAACACCCUGUCAGACAGUGUUGCUGUGACGUUGCACUGUACAGCCGCAGCAAUGUAAUAUUCAAAGAACAUUGGGGGAACAUUAUAAGCCAAUCGCUAACAUUCAAAGAACAAUAGGGGAACAUUUUUAGGCCUAAACCUUGUGACAAAGUAGGCUAUUCAAAAUGUAGGACUACUGUAUGUGAAUGUUGUGCUGGUGAGUGUUGACAUUAGCAAGCUUUGGCUUCAAUAAGCUCUCAGCUCUGUUUGACUUGCCGUAUGUUCCUUGCGUUCCCUCCCAUAAGCAAACAGAGGCCUACUUUUGAAUUAAUCAGCCAUUAUCGUUUUGAUAAGAUAGGCCUAACUCUGGCACAGCGUCCCGAAUGGCAACCUAUUCCCUACAUAGUGCACUACCUUUGGCCAGACCCUAUGGGGACACAGACUAGGUCUAUGUUCACAGCAUGAAUUGUCAGUAGCAUGAAUUAAAUACCUUUAUUUAGUGCGUGGUUUGGUAGGAGCAGCAAUGCUCCUUGUUUGACAAUAAUUGCCUAUUGAUUAAUUCUAAGUUAGGCUUUUUCAGUUUGCAUGAUCACACACACACGUGCACAAUACUUUUUACAAGUGUCGUAAUGGACGUCAGUGGUGACCAAGGGACUGUGGCCCUCAACAAUAGUUUUGAAUGAGCCCCUGGGGGUGAUCCACUGUCCCCAUUCAGGUACCCAUUACGCCCCCUCACUGUCCCCAUCAACUCAAAAUCUCUUUGUCCCCGAUUGCGUUUCAUUCCAGAAAGAUGUCACAGUUCGAGUCCAGUUAAUUAAGGCCAUUGGACAGAUGUAGCCUAACUGAUAGCUUCACUUUUGCCUAGUUUCCUUGCCAUGUACUCCCGAGUGGCGCAGUGGUCUAAGGCACUGCAUCGCAGUGCUAGCUGUGCCACUAUAGAUCCUGAUUCGAAUCCAGGCUCUGUCGUAGCCGGCCGUGACCGGGAGACACAUGGGGCGGCGCACAAUUGGCCCAGCGUCGUCCAGGGUAGGGGAGGGAAUGGCCGGCAGGGAUGUAGCUCAGUUGGUAGAGCAUGGUGUUUGCAAGCCAGGGUUGUGGGUUCGAUUCCCACGGGGGGCCAGUAUGAAAAAAAUUAUGCACUCACAACUGUAAGUCACUCUGGAUAAGAGCGUCUGCUAAAUGACUAAAAUGUAAAAAUGUAAUGCUGCUUUCUCUUCAGGAUAGGGAGGAGGCGGCAACUGGUCAUGUGAAAUGAAACACAGCCCCUCACCUCUAGCUCAGUGCAGUUGUACUCAGUAGAAAAAACCCACUAGCCUCAGACUGGGUCUCUGGUGACCCCAUUUCCUGCCCAAUUUGGAGCUGCUUUCCCUCUGACCCAUAGUUAGCCUGCCUGGGGGUGCACACACACUGACCAGUACACAUUCUGAUACACACACACUCAUGUACAAUACCCACUUAACAAACUACUCAUUAAGCCAAAUGGUUUUAACAGGGUUUCUUAAGUGGCUGUGUGGGAUUAGAACUACGCAGAACGGUACAAGGAGAACUUGAUUGUUUGGUGAAUAGGAAUUGUAUCUCACAAACUGGUCUAGCCUGAACCAGCGCAAGAGAGACGUUUUUGCUGAUCUUGGGUCAGUUGAGCAUUUUCUCCACUAAUGGUUAAGUAUAGGAUUGGGGGAGGUGAAACUAGAUCUGGACCUAGGGGAAACUUCAGACAGAACACAACCCAAGCAACCUUUAAGUGGAACGGUAAUAAUAGAGCCAGACUGAAUAAAUGAAUUUGCCGUCAUGAAUUUUCAUGAGGCCGUUGGCAUUUGGAGCAGAGUGGUUGUUUUGCAAUCAGACACAGGCUGUCUGGCUUUGUUUAAAUGCUAGCUUUGUGGAUAGUGGUCAGUGUUGUUGCGGGAUGUUGCUCAGUUUUACGAGAGCAACAAGGCAAGUCUUAUGUAAGCUGGGAUUUGGACCAAGAUGAGCAAUGGGUGGCCAGUUGCAAGGGCCAGUAUUCAUAAAGCGUGCUGAUCUAGGAUCCGGUCCUCUCUAAUCUCUCAUGGACAGAUCUAUGUAAGCAUAACUGGUACCGUACAAUCUGUCGGGACUGAAUGGGAUGGGUAGGAUAACGAGAAGCAGUAGUACCGGUUUUGGGGGUUUUCGUCACUGGUUAUUUGGAUAAAUCACUUUUUCGCAGGUGUUAGCGUCUUUUGAAUUUCGGAAGGGGAGGGGACUUUCGGCCCAUAACUUACAAAGAGAGAGGGUUCUGCUCCUCGUUCUGGUUCCGCUCCUAGUUCUAGCAUUUCUUGAUCCCUUCUCUUCACAUGUAUGGACCCAGAACUUAAUCGAGCAGCUGUCCAAUUACGCAAUAUUUUAGUUCUGGGUUAGGGCCCCUCUGUCCAUAUAUUCGUAUUCACUUCACUAUCAUCUAAAAGGCUAACCUUUUUUUACCAAUAUGGGCUGAGCUGGAGUCAAAGUAAAGAGACACGAAAUAGCCCAGUAAAUAUUAUUACUGUGUAACUGCUUUAUAUCUUGUAUCAAAAGCGACAACUUGUUUACAAUGGGAGGUUUGAGUUUAUUUUAAUAUAGCAGUUACAUAGUAUCAGAUAAAGUUCGACAUCGUGAGUGCUGAGUCUCUCGUGAGUGCUCUCUCCCUUUUUCCCCCGCUAUCUCGCCCACCCCCAUCUCCUUGAGUAGAGUGACUAUCUUUACAGAAACCCAGCCUAAAACCCCAAACCGCAAGCAAUGCAGAUGUAGAAGCACGGUGGCUAGGAAAAACUCCCUAGGAAGAAACCUAGAGAGGAACCAGGCUCUGAGGGGUGGCCAGUCCUCUUCUGGCAGUGCCGGGUGGAGCUAGUACAUGACUGUUAAGGCCAGAUUGUUCUUCAAGAUGUUCAAACAUUCAUAGAUGACCAGCAGGGUCAUUCAGAGGUUGAGACAGCAGGUGUGGGGGAGAGAGAGAGAGAGAGUCAAAAACAGCAGGUCCAGGACAAGGUAGCACGUCCGGUGAACAGGUCAGGGUUCCAUAGCCGCAGGCAGAACAGUUGAAACUGGAGCAGCAGCACGACCAGGUGGACUGGGGACAGCCAGGAGUCAUCAGGCCAGUUAGUCCUGAGGCAUGGUCCUAGGGUUCAGAUCCUCCGGGAGGGGAGGGAGAGAAGGAGAGAUAACAAUAUGCUAACUUAAACUGUAUGUAGGCUCCUUAGACUAUUUUCAGUGCAGGUUGCUCUUGUAACCCUGGCUACACCCAAAGAGACUGCUUUCCAGAGUUGAGCACAGCAGCACAUCAAUUUAUUCUAGUGAUUGUAAUACAUGUUCAUGCCCUCGUACACUCACACACACUGUGAGACCUGGGUGUGUUCUGUACUGAGCUCAGGAGGAGGUAGUGCUGAGACGUGCAGUUUGGUCCAUAUCUCCCACACAACUGUCAGAUUUAAUGCACCGCUCAUCUACAUGAUCUAACUCUCAUUUGCAUAGAUACCACACAAACACACACACAGGAGGAGGUGGUGCUGAGACGUGCAGUUUUGGGCCAUAUCUCACACACAUCCUAAAUCAUCACGCCUCUCCACUCCUCCCAUGAGUGUAACACCAUAGCUAAAGAGAGGGCACUGAAAAGAACGGACACCAUUGAUCUAGUGAAUUUGAAUGAGCCAGGGUUAGUGUUCAAUGGAGCUCAACAGAGAGGAUGGUGUCUUGUCUCUAACUACACCCUAGAGAGAAACCUUAGAGGGCUAAGUACCUCUUUUCAUCCCCAGCCCCAAGCUAGUCUGCAUUGAAAAGGGGGAGAGGGGGAGAAGUAUGCCUUUUGUCCUUGAAGUGUAGCACUCCAAUGUAGGUUCUGUCCCGACGUAAUAUUGAAGCCAAAAUGGCCACAGACAGAAAGCUAGGCUCAUAGAGUUGGAUAGAGGACACGCUUGCCACAAAGCCUGUUUGCAAAGAUGUCCAACUCUAUGGCUAGGAUACACAGCGCUAGCAGUUCUUCUGUAUUGAGGGAAUGUUACACGCAUUCUUGAAUUUAGCCUAGUAAUUUGCAUAGAGAUCACUGUGCAGUGUGUAGUGAGCCUCCUGGGCCGUCGUCCCAAGACAAGAUGCCAUGCGUUGUACUGAUAUGGAUUGAAAGUACCUUUUAGAUAUAGUGAUGCAGUGGUAAUGUCCUGAUUUCAAUGUCUGGGGUACAACAUUACUAGCUUUGUCUGGUUAGAGCUGGAGUUACAAAGGUGAUUCUUCAUGAACAUUGUGGAGCCACUACUGGCAGUAAUGUAUACACACACAACAGUGCUGAUAGGUCAGUGAAUGGGGAGUGUGUGUGUGUACAGCAGCACUGACAAGUUAGUGAGUAAAUUAGCUCUAUCCAGUCUGCCGGUCUCCAUCCUGCCUCUGUCAGCAGCGUUGUCUUGUCACUAGCUUCUCCAUUGUGUCCUCAGACAGACACACACACACACACACUUCUUCUCCCAGCCCACACAGAGUCCUAUUGUGACAGUAGGGCUAAUGCUUCAUCACUGUCAGCCACAAACAGACUACCUCAGUCUCUCUAGCUCCCAGUCAUUGUCAACACACACACCAACCACUGCCUCGCAGCACACUGUUCAAUCGAACAUGCACUGCAGUACAAACAGUGUGCGUCCCAAAUGGCACCCUAUUCCCUACUUAGUACACUACUUUUGACCAGGGUCCAUGAGGCUCUAAUCAAAUGUAGUGCACUAUAUAGGGAAUAGGGUAAUGCAUAGCCUAAUUUCUCCUGAGGUGUCCUAUAACAGAGCCGAUUGGCUUUGGGCAACUAAGGUGGAUGCUUACAGGUUUUCAGAAUAAGGCCUGUGUGUGCACACUGCGCAUGCAGUAGUCGUUCUAAACAACGAUCCCUGCAUCAAUACUGCUAAUGCAGGAUUGAUUGAAUCCAGCCCUCCACAAAAAGGGACUUUAAAUACCCAGUCAAGUGUCCCUCUCUCUCCCUGAGUGGUGUUCUCUUGUCUUACUACACAGCUAGUAUUUGCUUCAGCUUGGCCAAACUAGGCUAUAAACUAGCUUUAAUGGUCUUAUUUAGGCCUAUUUGUCUAGCUGCCUGGGCUGGAAGGUACGCAGGGAGGUACACACACGGUACACCGUACCCAGCUGGGCCAGACUGGUUUGGGCUGAGGAGACCCUUACUGGAUCUAGAUUCAACUGGUUUUUAAUGGCUUGUGUGAAGUUGAGGGCGCAAUCGACAUUAUCGUUGUCGUGUCGUGUGUGUGUGUGUGUAGAGUAUGUAUGAUGCUGGCAAUUAGUAACUGUGCGUGCGACUGUGCGUGUGUCUCUGCGUGUGUAUUGUGUGUAACUUCUGGAUUUAGUCAGGAGGCUAUGAUGAAUAGAUCACGCCCCUGUGUGUGUGCAUGUGUUACGUAAGUUGCAUUUCUACAACACUCCAGAUGCAGAGGCCUUUUCUGUUUCCACUCUCCACAAUGCUCCCUCUGUAACAUCACAGUUUAAUUAAAACGUUAUACUGUUUGAGGGAGAGGCUUCUGUCUCCAGCCCGAGGAGUCUUAUCUCAAGGUGUGUCGCCACUCUUUCUAGGCCUGAGAAAUCACAUAUUGAGGUCUGGCAUGAGAAGUGGUAUAUCGAGGUGAUUGCUUAUAUCAUCGACGUUCCUCUGGGCUCCAGGGCCCAUAUUCAUUAAGCAUCUAGUAGGAGUGCUGAUCUAGGAUCAGGUCCCCCCUGCCCGUGUAGUCUUAUUCAUUAUGAUCUAAAAGGCAAAACUAACUGAUCCUAGAUCAGCACUCUCUGAGACGCUUCAUGAAUAUGGGCCCAGAAGUGUACAAAUCAUAUAUCAAGGUGUGUUGACGCUCCCUCCUCUGGCUAUGCCCAGACAUGUUUUAGUUUGAGAUACUGACGUCUGUCAUCCCAUAACAGUACAUACAAAACCCACCAUCUCGAAGCUACAUUCCAGGAGAAGACUGGGUGUGCUUCCUCUAUCUGUGAAAUCUUUGUAGAUUUGGUUAAUGGUGUCAUUGUCAAGUGUUGUAACUAAAAAAACAACACACAAGUCUUAAAAUAGGCCUAUGAGCGCUUCCCUUCAGUGGGUCAAGGCUAUUCGGUCGGGUGAUUGUAGGUCAGUUUUGAGUCAAUGUUUGAGUUGCCAUCUAGGGUCCAACCAAUGAGUGAUUAUCUACCCACAGGGCAUGUUGUUUUUAGUUGCUCAGUUGAGCUGACCAUGGUGGCAUCAACGACAGGAGUACAGUAGUUGACCUUUGUGUUCAAACCAAUUCAACUCAACUUUAGGGUCUGCAAUACUGUUUAUGAGUUAGCGAGAGGAGAGCAGCCCAACUCACUAUGAAAUAAGAUGCCCAACUCAAACAUUCUGUUUGCGAAAUAAUUAUUUUGCUAAACCGCAAUAUACAAACUCCUCUGUCUAUGUUCAUGUAGCCUUUUUGUAAAGCUGAAAAACAAUAUACAAACCUCUGUUUGUAUAUUUGUACUGCUGAACGACAAAUGUCCUCGACAAGGAUAACGAGGCCUUGUCUGCAUCCCAAAUAGCACCAUAUUCCCAACAUAGUGCACUUUUUUUGACCAGAGCUCUAUGGGUAAUACACUAUAUACUGUAGGGAGCCAUUUGGGAUGCAGCCCUUCUGUUAUUCUCAAACCCUCUUCUACAGGACAGUAGCUGUGGUGGGCUGUUUAAGUUGUUAUGUUAUUCUGUCCUGCUUUUCUCUCUGUCUUAGUCUCUCUCUUUCUGUCUCAAUCUCGCGCUCUCAGUAAACUUCAAUUACAGUGGCUGUGGUUGUUUUGCUGCCUUGCUUAACCCCCCCCCCCCCCCCCCCCCUUCUCUCUCUGUCUGUGUCAACAGAUAUGUGCGGUGUGCUUGGAGGAGUUCAAACAGAAAGACGAGCUGGGGAUUUGCCCGUGCAAACACGCCUUUCACAGGAAGUAAGUACACCAGAGGCCUGGCUAAUGCCCACACACUGUACACAGAGCCUGUGGAUGGGUCCUAGCCCCUCUAGGCCUAGGCUGUCUUCCAGACUCACUCAGCCCCUGUCUCACAAUAACAUUAAACAGUGCUGUUGAGCACCAUUUACAUAACCCAAUCUAAUAUCCACACCCUGUACACAGAGCCCCUGUCCCAUUCAAAAUGCGAUUAGAAAGGAUCACCCAGUUGCACAAUAAGUUCUGUUGAUGAUGAGCAUGUGGUGUGAAGUGGACCCAAAAUGGUGCAUCCCGCCUCCACAAAGUGAAUCCAACUCACUCAUCCUAGUCUAAUUCACACACACUGUACUCAGCCCAGUCGCACAAUAACAAUAACAUUGGUCUGUUGUUGAUGAGCAUGAGGGGCAAAGUGGAUUCAAAAUGGUGGACCUCCUCUUCACACAGAGAGCUUAUCAUCAACACAGUUAGUCCAGUGAAUCCAGUGCACUCAGCCCCAGUUGCACAGUAACUUCUCUUCAGGGCAAAGUGGACCCAAUAUCGUGGACCGGACCCCUCCUCACACCAAGUCAAACAUGUUAUGAUUCGGCUGCAAAUGUGGUGGUCCCCUUACCACCAUUUCUUCACCGCUAUCUACAGUACCCGCCCCCUCCAAGGUCUCUUAGUACAGCAACCCAACACAUGGCAACAGAGGGAAAGAGAAAGAUUGAAGAAAUCAAAAUCCAGGAAAGAGUGAAAGUAGAUGGCGAGGGGUGAAGAAAGAGAGAGAUUAUAGGGAAAGGGAACGACAGACCGAGAGCAAGUGAGAGAGAACACAAUGCAGCGCUUGAUGGAUUGGAAGUCUCUGGUGACCUGGGGCCAAAUGAGUUUCCUCACCCCAGCAUGACCAUUUAAAUUGGGCUGUUUACGUCGAGCAAGCCCCCUGCCUUGGCCUAGUUUUUACCACAUGUCAGGGGCGGGGCCCACUCAAUCACAAUACACUGACUUGCAUGUCAACACACUCCGCUGUGUGUGUGUGGCCCUCUGGGACAGUGCAGAGAACUAGAUGGCAUUAGAGAGUAGAAGAUUUAUAAACCUCUCAGGGGUUGAGUUGAACUCCCUUUUCUAGUCUCAAGUUGAAUUUGAAUACACCACACACACUACGCCCGCCUCCCUCUUUCCCCCUCAUAUGCACCCCUCUAGUAGGUGACACUGAUAAGGAAGCACAGUUGCACAGUCCCUUUCCACCUUCAAUCCUAUGUGUGAAUCCCUUCCCACCCCUGUGGGACCAGAGUGUACCAAAAUAGAACUGCCAGCCCCACUGUAAAUAAUUCAGUAGCAACGAACACGCAACGCCGCCCCCACUCACUUCUGAGUGAGUCAUGGGCAGAAGCUCUAGUCUAGCGUCCCAAAUGGCACCCUAUUCCCUCUUUAGUGCUCUACUUUUGCACCCUAUUCUCUAUUUAGUGCACUAUAUAGUGCCAUUUGGGACGCACCCCUAGUCUAGGCCCCAUCCACCUACUGUACUGGACUGUCUCACCAUCUGGAACACACAGAACAGGUAGAAAUAGAACACACAUUGGAGAAUGAUGAGUCUGUUGUUUUUUACAGUUACUGAGCUAUUUCUAGCUGCUAUGCUGAACAGUCUGACCUGUAGAAUAAGCCCCCUGGUCUCCUAGUGCUAGGUCUUUGUGAACAGUCAGAAAUAGAAUAGCUGGAUCAGUUGCAGCAGUCAAAGAGCUGAACUGAGAGGGCUAGUGUUUAGAGAGACAACACUAGAAACACAAACACGUACAUAUAUAGUCUAGCCGAUAUUAGUGUCUACCACAUUUGCAAGUGAUGACUUAAGCCUAGAGGUUAAGAGAGUUGGGUUAGUAACUAAAAGGUUGCUGGUUUGACUCCCCGAGCUGACUAGGUGAAAAAUCUGUCUGUGCUCCUGUAAGUCGCUCUGGAUAAGCGUCUGCUAAAUGACUAAAAUAAUGAACCAUCUUGUCUCUCUCUAUCCCUCAAUCUCCCGUCCCUCGCUCUCUCCCUGUCAUCCCCACCCUCCUCUUCCUUCCUUCCUUCCUCCCCCCACCCCUCUCUCUCUCUGCCAGGUGCCUCAUUAAGUGGCUGGAGGUGAGGAAGGUGUGCCCGCUGUGCAACAUGCCCGUCCUGCAGCUCGCCCAACAGGCGGGCAUCCCCAUCGACGUCACCGUGCCCAUACAGCAGCCCCUGCCAGGCGUGGAAAACCUGGUGUAGCGCAGACUGCAGUGCUCACACACACACACACACUACACACACCUGUACAGGUACACUUACGCCUCGACCACACCGAUAGCGUCAUUGCGUUUUGGUACACCAGAAGUACAUUCAUUUCCAAUGGAACGCUGCGUUUGCCUUGCAGCAUUGCGUUGCAGUGCAUCCUGUGUGGUGCAUACAUUGGAUUAAUCGAACGUAUGCAUCAAAUUAUUUGCGUAGACGGCUUGACCGAAAUGGUAGCAGAAGGUGAAUGUUGAACUUUAGUUGCACACAUAUCCAGAUGAUGCCACGUACCAUUUUGCGCAAUGACUGUAGGUGUGAUCGAGGCGUU